AUGGCGGCGCGGCGGGCGGCGGCGUGGGAGCAGGGCGGCGACGAGUACGACUACCUGUUCAAGGUGGUGCUGAUCGGCGACUCCGGCGUGGGCAAGUCCAACCUCCUCUCCCGCUUCACCAAGAACACCUUCUCCCUCGACUCCAAGUCCACCAUCGGCGUCGAGUUCGCCACCCGCACCACACAGGUGGAAGGGAAGACGAUAAAGGCGCAGAUAUGGGACACGGCGGGGCAGGAGCGGUACCGGGCGAUCACGAGCGCCUACUACCGGGGCGCAGUGGGGGCGCUGCUGGUCUACGACGUCACCAAGGCCGCCACCUUCGACAACGUGAAGCGGUGGCUCAAGGAGCUGCGCGACCACGCCGACUCCAACAUCGUCAUCAUGCUCAUCGGCAACAAGACCGACCUCCGCCACCUCCGCUCCGUCGCCACCGACAAGGCCGCCGGCUUCGCCGAGUGGGAAGGCCUCUCCUUCAUCGAGACCUCCGCGCUCGACGCCACCAACGUCGACAGGGCUUUCCAGACCGUCCUUGCCGAGAUCUACCGAGUCGUCAGCAAGAAGGCACUGUCGUCGGCGGAUGAUUCCGGCGCCGGCGCCGUCGGAGAGGGGCAGUCCAUCCUCGUGUCCGGCGGAGAACCCACCAGCGUUUCCUCGAGAUGCUGCUCUUUCUAG